CCUCGGGUAUUUAUAUUGAAGCCUCCUCGCCUAUCAAUGGUCACGAUCGUCCAUAUCCGACGCCGCGUGUUUCUGCUCAUUUUCCUUCUCCUCUGCAUCGAACAAGCAUCCAGCCAAGCCCGACAACACCCCACUUGGAAAACCGAAUUUUUGGAUCUGCUCUGUUCUCCUUGCCCCUGUCCGCGAGCUGCUCUUGCCGGUGAGAGUGCUUUUGGUUUUCUGUUCCUCUCCAAGAUCCUACCAGCCUUCCCACCGCCAGCUCCAAUUUCUUUGCUUGCGGAAUUUUCUGGUAUGUGGCAACUCUUCUAAGUCCAAAUUUCAUCUAAUUGGUGGUUGCCUUGCUGAAUUUGGUCCUUGUGUGGCUGCCCUGUGUUGUCCGAAUGCUGCCAAGAAAAAAAUGGAAGAUUUCGGCAGCUUCAAAUUGUGUUUUUAGUUAAUUCAUGUGGAAUUUGCUUAUUUUGGUUGCUGUGUUGUUAAUUGUGGGAAAAUUCUAUGAAAUUGCCGUGAAUUAGCUAUUUUUGCCUAGGCCGGUUCCUCCAUUUUGUCUAUGAGACUUGGAAAUUAAAUAUAAAUGCACAAUAUGAUUUUUAGAGCUCAAAUUUCGGAUAGGAAGUAAAAUAAAAUAAAGUAAAUAAAUAAAAUAAAUAUUGCAUUAUGGAAGUUAAUUGCCGGCAAUAUUGAAAAGGAUUAAAUAGGUAGUUUUCAUAUGGUUAUUAAUUCUAGAAUAUUUUGGCUAGGUUCCUGAGUAUUCUAUCCCCUUAGCUCUUGGAGUUAGUUUUCUGCUUUAUGCGAUUGAGGUAAGUAAAUUUAUGGUAAUGCCCGUAUAGUUUUUAAAAGCAUGUUUUUACUUGUUUUUGAAGUAUGGCGGGACUAAACCCGUUUUAUACAAAAGUAAGUAUGACUGAUUUGAAGUGAAAUUUUUAUGUUUUUCAUUAAAUGGAGCAUGCAUACUUGAAAUUUAAUUGAUUGUCCUGAUGAUCUGAAAGUGAUUGGUGAAUUAUGGUUUUUCUGUUAACUUUUGCCUGUUUUGUCUCCAAUGUGGUCAUGUUAUUAGUGACCCUACUAGUGGGGGUUUAUAAAUACUAGCACAUGUCGACAUGUUAUUGAUAGAACCGGUUCGUUCGAGUGACCCUGCUAGUGGGGGUUAUACACCAGCAAAUAGUGUAGCUUGCCAGUGGGAGGUUUAUAACACUGGUCAUGACCUAUAGAGGAGACGUCUAUUUCGUUCCCGUACUGUAUCCGUCUUUCAUGAUUACACUUGUUGGCAUACUAUAAGUUUAAUAAGGGCACUUCAUAUUU